CGUCAAACCGAGUUAACGUUGUUUCAUACUUUGAAAGAUCGGUAGUGAACAAAAUUGAGUAAGUGCGAAAAAAUGAGAAUCAACAAACAUAUACAUCACUAAUUACCUACACGCUAUCUCUUCGAGUCAAAUGCGGACAAGAUUCCUGCAAUUAUCCACGUUUCGUACUCAAAACAUAAUCAUAUUAGAAACAUAACCUCUGAAAUGUUUAUCCGCAAUAUUUCUUCUGCCAAGUGAAAAGUUACAGUACAAUUGAAAUAACGUUAAAUUAAUUUGGGAUUCUUUGAUAUUUUUCAUAUUUUGUUGCUUAUAGUAUUGCAUUAUGCUACUUAUAACAUGAACAAAUUGCUGAAAACUAGUUUCUUUGUAUGACUAUAUAUUGUAGUAAAUAUUACAAUCUGCAGAAGGCGAAAAUCCAAAAAUAACAAUGAUACGCAAACAAAAAUUAACAUCAAACGAUACAAUAGCUCCAAAGAAAACACACUGGGCAACAGGUUUGCUUGUUUCUAUGGAAGAUCCUGAAUAUAGGGUAAAAGAGGAUGACAAGGUAGUCGUCAUCAAAGAUAAAUACCCAAAGGCUCAAUAUCACUAUUUAGUUAUACCAAAAGCAGACAUUCCGUCGUUGUGGCAUAUAACAAAAGAAACUGAAGAUAUAGUGUUUCACAUGCACAGUGUCGGUGAAGAUUUGACCAAGGAGCAUAAGGAUUCCGAGUUCCUCAUCGGAUAUCACGCUGUCCCAAGCAUGUACAGAUUACAUUUGCACGUUAUAAGUACAGAUUUUAACAGUCCAAGUUUAAAGACCAAGUAUCAUUGGAAUUCAUUUACAACUCCCUUCUUCCUACCCUCAGCAGAUAUUUGCUACCAGUUACGCGACAAAGGUGAAUUGAAAAGGUUAAAGUCAGAAGAUAGUGCAAAACAUUUGAAUACCCCGCUAAGAUGUCACAAAUGUCUGACCUGUAUAAAAAAUAUGCCAGAAUUAAAAAAGCAUUUAUUGAAUCAUUUGUCUAGGCAGGAAAGCCUCUUCGAUUUCUCAUCGAUACACGAAUGACCACUAGCGUCGAUGUAGCACGCAAAAUAAUUUCGAUGGAAUAAUCACUAAAUUGCAUAGAUGUGUUUCCUAUUCUGUAUUUCCUUACGCUAUAGAUAAAUUCUAUAAUAAAGUAUUCUUGCAAUAUUCAUCAACGUUAACGUAACUAGAUAUUUAAAACAUCGAUGUUAUCGAUCGAAUCAUUAUUUUAA